AUGUACGACUACACAGCAUCACACAGGUACGACUACACAGCAUCACACAGGUACGACUACACAGCAUCACACAGUUUUUUCUCGGAUUCUGAUCUUGAUCCAGAGAGCCAUCUGGUGAAGGAGCAGGGGGACAGGCCUGGAGCUCGUGACCCAGAUGUGACGGUGGCACAGACAAUAGAGGUCAAACAGGCUGGUCCCAGUGAGGAGGAUGGCGCCCCACACGUAGUCAUAGCCGGACCAGGGAUGUUUCUGGUCUAUGUGAUCAUCCCCACCAUCCCUCUGCUGCUGCUCAUCCUGGUGGCUUCUGGGACUUGCUGUUUCCAGAUGUUCAGCAAGAGCAAACCGGGGACCAAAACCAGCAUUAACCAAUCAACACUCUGGAUAUCCAAGACCCCUAAGACGGACAGCAUGGAAGUAUGACGGGCAGGUGACAUCACAAUCAAGAUCCUCAGAAUGAACAGAACCAACAGAAUGAUAAAGCCUCUCCUCUGAUACUGUCCCCUGUUCCAAAUACCUCUAACCAUUCACCUCAACCAAUGACCAGCUCUCGUCUUCUACAUGUCCUUUGUCCAGUUUGUUCAUGUCUCCACCACUAUUUAGAUUCUCCUUAUUUAUUUUUACCUCUCCUCCUCUCCUCUCCU